CACUACACUAGACUGAAUAACCAACUAGUGCAUCACUAUUCAUCCAAUCAAUGGCGUCACCGUCAAUGACCCAGCCCGCAACGUACAGUUUGUAGUUUUCAACACAUUUGUAUCGAGAUACAAUUCAUUUUUUUAGUCUGAAAUUGUUACUUCAACAUACGAUCUAUUCUUGAAGGCUGCUAUGAUCACAGAAUUACAUCUGUGUGGGAGUAAGACCAAGUAAAGUUUUUACUACAGAUAUCAGUUGACUAGUUACCAAUCAUUAGCCGACAUGCAGACAAUUAAGUGUGUAGUAGUGGGAGAUGGUGCUGUUGGUAAAACAUGCCUACUUAUUAGCUACACAACCAACAAGUUCCCAUCUGAGUAUGUGCCCACUGUAUUCGAUAACUAUGCUGUCACUGUCAUGAUAGGAGGAGAGCCAUAUACAUUGGGUCUCUUUGAUACUGCAGGCCAGGAAGACUAUGAUAGGCUGCGACCAUUAAGUUAUCCACAGACAGAUGUUUUCCUUGUUUGCUUCAGUGUAGUAAGCCCCAGUUCGUUUGAAAACGUCAAGGAAAAAUGGGUACCAGAAAUCACUCAUCAUCAACAAAAGACGCCUUUUCUCCUUGUGGGCACUCAGAUAGACUUGCGAGAUGACGCAGCCACGAUGGAGAAGCUGGCUAAGAUAAAACAGAAGCCUGUCUCUUUGGAACAAGGUGAAAAACUAGCAAAGGAACUCAAGGCUGUCAAAUACGUUGAGUGUUCAGCGCUGACACAGAAAGGAUUGAAGAACGUGUUCGACGAGGCCAUAUUAGCAGCACUGGAGCCUCCAGAACCCGCCAGGAAAAAGAAAUGUGUGCUGUUGUAAGUUGUGUUGGGCUCGUCACAACUACGCCCCACCAGCGAGACGCAAGCGUCACGAGCGCACUGCGACUGUGUCCUCAUAACGCGUACAUUUUACUAUUUUACCGUAUAACAUUAUUCAUAACAAAAUGGUUUUUGAACAAGUAAUAAUUAACUUUUAUUUAUGAUGAUAUAAUGAUUAUUUAUUAAGUCUUUCCGGGAUAUAUUCAAAUAUAUUAGUGGAUUAAAUGAAUGAAAUUAAAUUAUAACAUUUAAUAAAAUUUGAAUACAAAAAAUAAAAUGUAUCAAAAAAAUACGUCUCUUUCUCAGGUUCACGAUAAGGUGUGUCCUGGGUUUUUUUAUGAAUGAAUGAUAUAAACAUUAUUUGCAAAGUAAAAGAUAAACUAUAUUGCAAUUACUUUGCUUGUAUGUUGUAUAAGCUACGCUCGCUCUAUACGACAGAGCUACAGUGUGUGCAAGACAAAAACCUGUCAUAGAACUUGGCCUUAGCAGAAAUACUUUAGCAAAUAAAAUGUCAUAUUAAUGUUUUAGCAUUUGUUUUAUCCAAGAGUCAUUGGGAUCUAUUAUAUUAACUUUACGUUAUAUAGCUUUUAUAAUAAAAAUAUUCUACAAGAGCUUGGUCUAUAAAUAUUGAAUAGUUUCAGAUCAUAGUGAUCUUUUAACUGAGAAGCGUAAGUAUUGCUUACGCCUACUGUACCUAAACACUAAAUACAACAAAACACGUGUCGUCGUCGUAAAUAUUUUAUACUAACGAUACGUGAUACCAUAAUAUAAGGCUAUAGUUAAUUAUUUUCCCUGGUUGAUGGGAAUGACGUCAUCCGUCGCUAAUAAAGUAAUUUACUAAUUUUUAAAACUUCAAUUGGUCCUCUUAUGUGGACUACAGUAUUUUUAUAUUUAUGUUGACCACCCUGUAGUUUGACUGAUAUAAAGAAAUUGUAUUCUUAACAAUAACUGUAUUUGUAGCAUUAACAUAAUGAUAUUGAUCACAUAAUAACGAAAUUUUCUAUGCUGGCUGUGUAAAGCCCAUGAAGCAAGUACAAAGACGUCAUAACUGGAUUUCCCUUUAACAUAAUGCAAUUAAUGCAUGACACAUUAAGGGGAAAGAACACAAGACAUCACAAACUCCUCUUUAUUUUCCAUGUAGCAUUCCCAUACUUGAAAAAGUUCCCAUACCCAUUGUUAAAUUUUUAUGUGCCACUUUCUGAGCGCAUAUAACCUACCUACACCCUUUUUAUAGCAAGCCAUUUUUGUGUCACAGUACUGUACACAGUCACAUAAUGGCAUCUCCUCUUUGUACUUGCUUCAUGGUGUGAAGACAGAAUCAAUGAAGCAACUUCAUGCACAAUAUUUUGCUAAGCACAGUGCGUCUAUGUAUUUUUAUAAGUAUUACUGGUUAACAUACUAAUGUCUAUUAUAUUUUAAUGAAUGUAAGACCCGUCACAUAUGGCUUUCAAAAUUUGUGUUUUAUAUUAUUUACAUGUGUUCUUUAAAAAGUAUGAGUAUGAGUAUCUUAAAAUUACGAUUGAUAUAAAACACUUAGAACUUCAAAAAACACCAAGCUACUAUGUAAAUUAUUAAAACUUCAUUAUUUUUAAAAAUAACAGGAAAGUUAUAACUGUUUGUGAUUUGAAACGAUUAAUAAAUUGAAAUGUGUGUGAUGCUAUACAGAGUAUAUAAAUAAUAUAAUUAUUUUAAAUUGAGUCAUGCAAUAUGAGUUUGGACUGAUAAUUACAUAAAUUCAUCAUUCCAUGAAAUAUUUUUUGCAUUUAUUCAACACGAAUUAAAUUUGAGAUAAACAAAAAAUAAGCUGGCAUGAAAAUUAUGACAUGUAGUAAUAUAGAAUGACUUUGCGCCUAAUAUAUUAUCUUACGACGUCAAGGAGUGCAUAUGACUUUUCUAAUCUGUUAAAAAGGUUACAUCGGUAAUAGUGAGCACAAUGAAUCGCGGUUGCCGGCAACUACAUGCUUCGCAAUCGCUCAUACUGAUUUGGCGAGAUGCGUUGGCACCGAAUAUGAACAACGUAAAUUGCAAGUUCUCUCAUGUAAUAUUUAGGUGAUUCUCGCGCUUGAUAAUAAUAAUAAUUUUAAUUUGCAAUGAUUGAAAAUUAUAUAAUGGGUGCAAUCUAAGAUUUUAUAAUAAUUAAUUAUUAACAUCAUUUGACUCUCGGGGCUAAUUAUAUCAACUACAAUUAUAUACAUGUACUCAACAUUUUAACUACAUUUUUAUGUAUAUAUAAGUUACUGUAUACUUUUUUACGCAUUGAAAAAGGUAACAAGUUUUCUGAUUUAAAUAUUUAUUUAAUGUUCUUUGUAAUAUGCAAGAACGACAAUUUUUGUAUGUUUAUGCAUUAUCAGUGCAGUUAUAUUAUGUUCUUUGUGUCAAGAAGUAGAUAUAGGUGUAUAUGAAAUAAAUAUAUAAUGAGAUUAA